GACCAUCAAAGAGCUGCAAGGCCAGUUGGCUUAUGAGCGACUCCGAAGAGAAAAGUUAGAGUGUCAACUGGAUGAAUAUCGAGCAGAUAUGGAUCAACUCAAGGAAAUGCUGAAGAAAAUUCAGGCCCCCAGUGUCGUGGCUAUGGUUGGUGUUCUUAACACAUUUAUUUUCCUUCAUAAACAGUAUCUAGAAGAGGCUAAGAUUGUAAGUUUUGGGUUGGGGCUGGAUUUGAAUCCUGUCUAUAAUCUUUUUUGAUGUGGGUAAAAGCUUUUGGCCUAUUUGAGCUUGUGUUACAAACUAGAGCUAACUCUACUUUCUAGAACUGACAUCAAGAUUGUGAAUCUGACACCAUUUGCCACUGUGAAUAAGCAUUAUUAUUUUGCUUUCUGGAACUGUACUUUGAGUUUCAAAUACAUAACUUUUGUUAUUAAAAAAAAAAGCUGAAGUCAAAAGGGCAAGAAUUUAGAUGAUUCCACCUGGUGUCAGUUUUUCUAGUAGAAGAAACAAUGUCCCCACAAAGUCCCAUAUCAGCAACACCUGAACAAACCAAGAAACAUAGAAUGAGACAGUAAAAUAGAGUUUCUCCUGAAACUUAACUUGGAAUUACCCAAGUUCUUAAAGACAAACUUUGUCUGAAUUUUUGACAAGUACAAUAAGAAAAUGAGAGUGAAUGACUUAUAAUUCAGUAACAGUGUGUAAAAAGCAUGUGUGGAUUUGGAGUUAGGCAGAUUAAAAUCACAGCUAUCUAACAAAAAGUUUAUUUUAUCUGGCACUAGGUUUCUCAAUUAGCAAUAUGAAACAUUGCAUCCUAAACAAAAAGCCUUGAUGUUAAUCCCAGUAUUUAAGCAACAAUACCCAUUAUUGAUGAUGACAGAAAUUUCAAAGUGUGUUAAAUGAUCUCA